CGCGCGCCGCCCCGAUCGUGUACAACGCGAACCCGUGGAAGAUGUCGCAUCAGACCCGCCACCAGAUUGCGACGCGGAAGCCGCAGGACGCCGGCGCCCCCCCUCCCGCUGUCGCCAAGUCGGAGCAGUCUGCCGGUGCAGCCCAGCAGGUGGCAGCAGCAUCGCCGGCGAGCAACGCACCAUCCGGGGAACAGGAGCGACUCAGCCUGCAGUACGUCAUGUCGGCCGUACUGGACAACCACUCGGGGGCGCUGCAGGCUGCCAAGUCGACGAGCGAGGCGAGCGGCGUAAUGGCGCCCCCUAGUGCACCGCCGCUGCAGGCGGCGAGCCAGACAGUGAUUACCUCGAUACAGACCGUGCCGUCUGCGUACUCCGUCGCCACGCACACGAUGCCCGCCGCAACAGUGCUGACCCCUGGUGUCCAGAAGCUGGUCCGUGUCGUGUCGGCCGCCGGCGUUUCGCCGCAGACGCAGUUCGUCCAGGCGGUGGCGCCCCCUGGCGGGUGCAUCCAGCAGCUGCUGACAGUCGGCGGCACGCAGUACUUGAUUAACGCAAACAUUCCAGACGGUGGUCAAGCGGCGAGCGCGCCCGUCAUCUCGACAGGUGGCAGCACGGUGGUGGUGUACACGCAGGCAGGUGGCGUUGCAGCGUUGCCGCAGACGCUUGUGCUGCAGGGACAGGCGACGGGGACGGCACUGAACACCCCGCCCAACGUCGUCUACGCCCAGCCCACCAUCGUUCACUCGCAACCCACCAUCGUUCACUCGCAACCCACCAUCGUUCACUCGCAACCCACCAUCGUUCACUCGCAACCCACCGUCGUUCAUGCACAACCCACCAUCGUUCAUGCACAACCCACCAUCGUUCAUGCACAACCCACCAUCGUUCAUGCACAACCCAGCAUCAUUCAUGCACAACCCACCGUCGUUCAUGCACAACCCAGCAUCAUUCAUGGUCAACCUACGGUCGUUCACUCACAACCCACAGUUGUUCAUGCACAACCCAGCAUCAUUCAUGGUCAACCUACGGUCGUUCACUCACAACCCACAGUUGUUCAUGCACAACCCACAGUUAUUCAUGCGCAGCCGGCCAUCGUUCACGCACGGCCGAGCAUUGUUCAUGCGCAGCCGGCCAUCGUUCACGCACGGCCGAGCAUUGUUCAUGCGCAGCCGAGCGUUGUUCAUGCACAACCCACCAUUGUUCAGCCAUCGACGGCGAUUCUGAACGCACAGUCUAUGAUCGUCAAUGCUCAUCCUCUGCAGCCGUCUGCUCAGCGCAAUCUCUGGGAAGCCAUCGGCGUGAUGAAGCCCGCACCGCAGAAGACGCCCGUCGCCAUGGCAACGAGCGAGGACGAGCAGACGUGGAAGGAGAGCAAUGGCCACGUCGACGAUACAGGCGACGACGACGCGGCGCCGCAGCCAGGGGGCGCCGCAGGCGUGAUCAGCAACGGCGACGCGAAUCUCUUGAUGGUUACUCGCGAACAGAACUGCCAGUAGGGGGCGCUUGCGAAGAGGCAUUCCGGAGAUGCGAUUCAGCGAUCAACAGUGGCGAUUUGUUAUUCGCGGCCGGAGAUUGACGAAGGAGUGAGAGCUUUGUGAAUCGGAGCUAGCACCUCAUGCGUUCUGUGCACACCCUGGCGCUUGUACGUUGCGUUAUUUUUAUGUAUAUAAUAUUGUCUCCAGUACACACUCGGAGGAAGGACGCCAUUAGAGCGCGUAUUCGGUUAGAUCCUGUAUUUUGUAUAUGUUAUUUACCUGCGUCAUCCUGUGCAUGAUAGAGCCCUGUAUGCAUCGGAGACGUUGAAGAUGGAAUAAUAGUGGUGGACAGACACGAUGUGAGAGAACGUGCCGUUAUGUGUUUGUGUUAUGUGUUUACUUGCGCCUUGCCGUUCCUCAGAGCUGACAUAUGAAGUGAAUCCAAAUAUCCAAUAUCCUUGCGCUGGGACCCCCCUGUUCAUUGAACCUAGCGGUUAUCGAAUACUGUAUAAACUGUAUAUUUCGCGGUGGUUUAAUUUUCGCGAAUUUCGCGAACGCGUCACCGGCCGCGAAGAUAACAACACGUGGAUAAUGCAUACCGAAUAAUACCGAAUAAUUCAUAAUUCACCGACCGCGAAAUUAACCAUUUGCGAAAUUGUUCGUCAAGUCUGAAUUCGCGAAAAUAUCUGUAUGCGAAAAAUACGGCUUUAAUAUACAGUAGUCGCAUUCCCUCCUGUUAUCGCACACGUUCUUCUGACCCAGGCUUGUUGUGAGUCUUCUCUUUCCCUGACCUGCCUUUCCAUGAUCUUUCCUUCAUCCACCUCUUUAGCUGUGAGCCCCUACACCUCUCCUUCCCUUUACUAUGACUUGAUUC